GCAAUUGCAUUCAAAUCAAAGUUGGCCGUUAACGGCCACGUGGUAGACUUGCUGCUUUCCAUUGAUCAUUUGUGAGCAGCUUCUCAACAGUCGGUGAUCUCUCAACACCUUGCGACACACAUUCGCCUGAUGUAUCACUUGCUUGCCAUUGGGCAGGAAAGCACGCACCAUGACAACCGUCGAUUAAGCUACCAUAGUCCAGACAGCGUCAAGGUCACAUUGCCACUGAAUCGCUCACUAAAUGAGCCAAUCAGCAUUCUGCUGCAGCCAGCAAUCGAUCGGCCUGGUUUUCGGCAGUGCGCGGCUCAGACAGUCGAUUGAGCGUGCUUGCGUCCACCACAAUGGGUACCUUUGGUGGACACGCUUUGCCUGGAAGUUUCUUCAUCUUUUUCAGUCUGUGGGCGAUUUACCAUAUAUUGCGACGAUUUUACCGCCGACGAGCGUUUGAACUUCAAAUUACUGAGGAAUUGGUUCCGAAAUAUGUCAACCGCGUCUCCUUUCCGUUAGAAUGUGGGUCUACCGGUUGUUGCAAAAAUCGGACUAUUCCCUUGGACUCGUGGCUUAAAUUCGUUGCCUGUGUGAUCGGAAUUAUUGGCGAAGUGUACACUGGCUUUAGUAGCGACUGGAAGUUCGUGCACAUAGGCAACGCGCAGCACUCGACCAUGUUUGCAACCUUCGGGUUGAGUGGAAUUGUUGAAGUACUCAUUUUCUAUCGUCUGCUCAAAACGUCAAUCCAAGUAGAAUACAUGUUCUCCCUCGUGGCACUGCUUUGUGAGGGUUUCUUGUUCGCUUUCCAUCUUCACGGCCGCACACCAGUGGACGUGUUCCUGCACAUGCUUCUGUUGGGUGCCAUCCUCAUUUCCAUUGUGGCGGGCAUGUUUGAGGUUCACAAUCCGGACAAACCCCUGUUCGCUCUGUUGCGUUGCUGGGGCUUAUUGGUCCAAGGAACGUGGUUCUGGCAGGUGGGUGCCAUACUUUAUCCAAUCACCUACUGGAUGCCGAGGUGGGAUGAAUUGGCCAAACAGAGUAUGCCACGGGCCGCAAAUCUAUUCUGUUACCAUCUACUCAUCGACUUCACUGCCAUAGUCCUACUCGCAGCCGUGAUGAGCUAUCGAAUCGGCCGGAUCAAAACCAGCAACUUGUCCAGAGAGGCUAAUUUCAUCUAUCCUCCGCACACCAUAGAUCCGGAAUCUGUCGAACUGCAAGAAGAUAUGAACCUCCAUGCAGUAGCGAAUACUGAGGAAAGGGCCGGUUAGUGCACCUCAAAGAACCGCAUGCAACCGCGUUUGUGUCUUGCAAUGACGAGUGUUGAUACUCCGCAAUUUACUUGACAUCCAUGUUUACUUCUUAUCCGAAUUUUAUUUCCUCAUUUUAUCUAAAGCCGUUGUGCAUACAGAGUUACUAACUUUA